UGCCGUUGGUGUCCUCUAGGCGCGCAAAAAGAAUUGAAACGAAAAAAUUUCAUCAGACACUUUUAAAACAUCAGCACCAGUUCUCCUUGUCUCCCAUGGUCACUGGCACAUAGGGCGCGGUAACCCUUGUGCCACUUCCUUCUGUGAUUGUUGUCGCUCGCUUGCGCAAGCAAGAUUCCGGGACCGUUUUCCAUCGUGAGCCGCUGUACUCUCUAAUUGGCGACAUCGCCUGUGUGCGCUUGUCCCGUAGUAUAUGUGUCCAUUAAAUCCCUCCCCUUCAAGGAUGCCUUCUCAUAUCCUUAUCCUAGCUUUCCCUGUUUAUCUUGCGUGCACCAUUGUUGUAUGGUCUUCCUGUCGCUUACUGUAUUCGUCUCCUGCUGUGUGCUCCCUCUUCAUCAGAACUAUCGUAAUCUGCGUCUGCAUCGGGAUUUUGUUUGCGCUUUGACAUGAUACACCAACGGAAACCUACAGC